CUGGUACUGAAUGAGUCACCAAAAGUCAUCGGAACUCACUGGUACUGAAUGAGUCACCAAAAGUCAUCGGAACUCACUGGUACUGAAUGAGUCACCAAAAGUCAUCGGAACUCACUGGUACUGAAUGAGUCACCAAAAGUCAUCGGAACUCACUGGUACUGAAUGAGUCACCAAAAGUCACUGGAACUCACUGGUACUGAAUGAGUCACCAAAAGUCAUCGGAACUCACUGGUACUGAAUGAGUCAAACAGCAGUUCCAUAAUCAAGAUACGCCGUCUCUUCGUUUUUGGCUUUAAGGCGUGCCAGGUUAAAAAGCUUUUCAUCGGAUCUACUUUAUCUUCCAGAGAUUUAAAAGCGCUGAUAUAGGCCUAAACGUUAUAGAAUGAUGAACAGACAAAAGGACAGACAGAAAGCACAAAACCAAAAGUGGCUUUUACCUAUGAGGUUUUCUAAAAAGAUGUCUCGACUAAAGGUUAGAAAGUUGAUAGCUCUGGCAAUAACCUUAAGUACAGGUGCAAUGCUGGUCAACAUUGUCUAUGUCAGAUACACGACAUUUAAGAAAGAAGACUUUCAGAUUGAGGCGGUGGAAAGGUUGGAUACCUUGAUUAACAGAAAUGAACGCUUGGAAUGGUCCUCACAAGUUCGUAUGAUUAUCAACAAAAGUACUAACGCAACUGGCAAUUUAAAUCAACCAGACCACCUCAGCCCUAAACCAACCAAAACUAUUCAAAAUUGGUCUAGGAAUCUAUCUUUGGAAACUAUAAAACGAAUGGCUGAUUUCUCACACACAGAAGAAAAUAAUUUGCAAUCAAAUAGAUUUGUUGACAAACAGUCAAAUUCCUCAACAAAAAGAAUACUUGAAAAAUCAAAUAAUUCGACAUUCGAGAAUCCUCUUGAAAAAAAGACAAUCUUGACAGCCGCGAAACCUUUAGAGGAAUCACAAAACACAAACUCUUCUGUCAAGGAGAUUGAAAAGAAGAAAUCUAAAGCCACCAAAGGAAAAGCAGAAACCACAAGCAACGUUUCAAAGAAGGAACCAAUAGACAAGGAGAACGCCAACGACUUCGAUGAGUCAGUCCUCAACAACGAAAUAAUGCACUUCGUCUCAAACGAUACGCUAGUCGCCAAAGACUCUGUCUGCCCUGAGAAAUCUCCCUAUCUUGUUGGCGCACUGGCGGGGAUGUUUGAAAACGUGACCAAGGAGAAACUAAUCGAAGAGUUUCCUUACCUCAAGACUUGUGGGAGGCUCCGGCCAUCUGAAUGCGCUCCAAGACAAAAGAUCGCCUUCAUAUUUCCUUAUCGCAACAGAUCCAGGCAUCUUCACAUCACUUUAUACAAUCUCAUACCGAUAUUAAAGCGCCAACUGGCUGACGUGACAUUUUUUGUGGUUGAGCAGGCCCCGCCAUCAACGUUUAACAAAGGGGCCCUGCUGAAUGCAGCUUUCCUGGAGGCCGAGAAACUUGGCCACUUUGAUUGUUACGUAUUCCACGAUGUGGACCUGAUUCCGUUGAAUGACAAAAAUCUGUACAAGUGUGAGUCCAACCCCAGGCACUACGCUGUGGCCAUCGAUAAAUAUGACUUUGAGCUCUACUAUCAGUCGCACUUUGGAGGUGUUGUUGGCUUCUCCAAAGAAAACUACCUGAAGGUGAACGGGAAUUCCAACUUGUACCUUGGCUGGGGAGGGGAAGAUGACGAUUUUCGAGCGAGGUUGGUCAGCAAGGGAUACAAUAUAUUGCGCUACCCCUUGGAGAUAGCACGCUACAACAUGAUCAAACACACUCGAGAUAAUGGCAAUGAGGUGAACCCCCUGAGACGAGUCAUUUUGAAAAGCUCGAACAAGCGGCAGGACAUUGAAGGUCUAAACACAGUGAAAUACAAAGUGUUGAAUAUAACGUGUGAGCCUCUGUACACUUGGAUCACUGUGUCCAUUAACAACACGGAGAUCUUGCUAACCGCACCACAGUCCACCUUGAAAGACGUCCAAGAAGCCAAAAGGAAAUGGCAGUCUGAAAUGGAGCGCAAACGAAAAGAAGGCAACGUGACCAUAUUUUAAGGGGAGACAAAUUCAUUACUUCUUCAACAUCUUUAGACACACGAAGCGAAAAUGUUGUGCUCAUAUGUUAUACAUGCAGUGCGCUACACUUAAUGCGGCAAUUAUUAUUAUUCAGAUCAUCUAAGGACAAUGGAAGACACUCCUUUUCAAACACGACAGAGGGUUGAAUGACUUCCCCACGUCUCUAGGAGAUGUUUUUCGAAUCAAGUAUUUAAACAGGAAAUCAUCACAGAACCAUUCUGAAGUAAGAGUGGCUUAUUAAAAUGAAGAUAAUCAUUAA